AUGGCGGCCCAGCUCCCCGCGUGUGUGGUGGACUGUGGCACGGGGUACACAAAGCUUGGUUAUGCUGGAAACACGGAGCCGCAGUUUAUCAUUCCUUCAUGUAUCGCAAUCAAAGAGUCUGCUAAAGUGGGGGACCAGGCCCAGCGCCGGAUGAUGAAGGGAGUGGAUGACCUGGACUUUUUCAUCGGGGACGAGGCCAUAGAGAAGCCCUCCUACUCCACCAAGUGGCCCAUCCGUCAUGGGAUCGUGGAGGACUGGGACCUGAUGGAGCGCUUCAUGGAGCAGAUUAUCUUCAAGUAUCUGCGGGCAGAGCCUGAAGACCAUUACUUCCUGUUGACAGAGCCUCCUCUGAACACUCCGGAGAACAGAGAAUACACAGCAGAGAUCAUGUUUGAGUCCUUCAAUGUUCCCGGUCUCUACAUCGCUGUGCAGGCCGUGCUGGCGUUGGCCGCAUCCUGGACGUCCCGUCAGGUGGGAGAGAGGACUCUGACCGGGACCGUGAUCGACAGCGGAGAUGGGGUCACACACGUCAUCCCUGUGGCCGAGGGCUACGUCAUCGGCAGCUGCAUAAAGCACAUCCCCAUCGCCGGCCGGGACAUCACCUACUUCAUCCAGCAGCUGCUGCGGGAGCGAGAGGUGGGCAUCCCCCCGGAGCAGAGCCUGGAGACCGCCAAGGCCGUCAAAGAGCGCUACAGCUACGUGUGUCCCGACCUGGUCAAGGAGUUCCAGAAGUACGACACAGACGGCUCCAAGUGGAUCAAGCAGUUCAGCGGCGUCAACGCCAUCACCAAGAAGGAGUUCAACAUCGACGUGGGCUACGAGCGCUUCCUGGGGCCAGAGAUCUUCUUCCACCCAGAGUUUGCCAACCCGGACUUCACUCAGCCCAUCUCUGAGGUGGUGGACGAGGUGAUCCAGAACUGCCCCAUAGACGUGCGCCGACCCCUGUACAAGAACGUGGUGCUGUCUGGGGGGUCCACCAUGUUCCGGGACUUCGGGCGGCGGCUGCAGCGAGACCUGAAGCGGUCGGUGGACGCACGGCUCAAGAUCAGCGAGGAACUCAGCGGCGGCAAACUCAAGGUUUGGACCGACUCCCAAGCCCAUGGACGUCCAGGUGGUCACUCAUCACAUGCAGAGAUACGCCGUGUGGUUCGGAGGCUCCAUGUUGGCGUCAACCUGAUGAGUGGUAGUCAUCAGUGCCGGAUGCGAGGGCUUGCAGGGGCCUUCAUUGUGCGCGCUCUUUGGAGUUUGGCUGUGGCCGACCUGGGAGGGAGUCCUACCAAGUUGGGGCGCUGCGCCGGGAAGGAAGGACGACGAGAGAUCGGCCGACAUCUGUCGCCUCACCCCGUCCUUGAGGAUCAUGGCCUAGGCUCUUCCCGCCCAUACAGGACCACUAGCACCGAGCUCUCUCACUUCAUCACGCAGACCCAGCCUCCCCCCCACUCUCUCCUCCUCCUCCUCCUCUUCUUUCUCAUCAGAAGCAGAGUGAGUAAAGCCUCUCCCUCCCUCCUCCCCUCCUUCUCCUCUCCCACUCUCCUACCUCCCCAACCCUCUCGCCCCCCCCUCCCUCUCCCUCUCUCCUACCUCCAUCUCCCUCUCCCACUCUCCCCCCUCCCCCUCCCUCUCCAUCUCCCUCUCCCACUCCUCUCCUCACACUGCUCCAGUCUCCUCCAGACCUCCACACACCAUGAGCCCCGCAGCAGCAGCCUGGUCUCUGGCUCUCCCCCUCCGCCCCACAUCCCGGUGCUCCGUCCCCCGCGGAGUCUCCGUCUGAAGGACCCCCCCCAUGACCCCCAAGCUUCAGCACCCACUCCCAGCAUGCAUCUGCUCCUUCUACCCACUUUGUUUGGACUGUUUUUCCACACAGGGGCCGCUCUGCAGAUCCAGUGUUACCAGUGUGAGGAGAUGAGCACCAACGACUGCACCACACCAGACUUCAUCGUCAACUGCACGGUCGAACGUCCAGGACAUGUGUCAGAAGGAGGUCCUGAUCCAUUCUAA